CGCGCGCAGGCGGUUCAGCUCUUACUAGCCGAAACGUCGACGCGGCGGUUGCAUUUGGAUGAAAACAACACUCCGCCCUCAGCCGACAUGGAAGCCGCCGUCAACCCGCCCCGCGACAGCGGCGCAAUGGACCAACACACCAGCUCGGGAAAACGCAUCCGGAAGCCCUCCCUGCUGUACGAGGACUUUGAAAGCCCCUCGCUUCCACACACAAUGCCCCAAGCACCCCCCGCCACCCCACAGCCCCCGGUGAAGGAUCCCAGCCGGCUGGGCCGCAUGACCAACCAGCUGCAGUUCCUCCAGAAAACCCUCAUGAAGUGUCUGUGGAGGCACCACUUCGCCUGGCCUUUCCACGAGCCUGUGGACGCCAGCAGACUCAACCUGCCGGAUUAUCAUAAAAUUAUCAAACAGCCUAUGGACAUGGGGACCAUAAAGAAGCGCUUGGAAAAUAACUUUUACCGCAGUGCAAGCGAGUGCAUCCAGGACUUCAACACAAUGUUCACCAACUGCUACAUCUACAACAAGCCUACAGAUGACAUCGUGCUCAUGGCCCAGUCCUUGGAGAAAAUCUUUCUUCAGAAAGUGGCCCAGAUGCCCGAAGAGGAAGUUGAGCUUCCUCCUCCAGCUCCUCGCAACAAAAACAGCCGAGGGAGAGGUCGCAAGUCCAGCACAUCCCGAGCUCAGCAGGUGCCUGCCGUUUCCCAGUCGGCCUACUCCCCCUCUUCCUCAGACACCGGUGACUCCAUGCCGGCCAGCUCUCCGCAGACCGUUCUGACCAAAAGCCUGCCUCCAGCCAACAUCAUGGGCCUCCCCCCCACACAGCCCACGACCAAGAAGAAAGGUGUAAAACGUAAAGCAGACACCACCACCCCCUCCACCAUGGGCUUUUCUGUGGGCAUGUCGGGACCAACGCACAUGGUGGGCCUGGGAAAAGGAGGACACGGGGGCCAAGUCCGCGACACCUCUAUGCACGGCAUCUCCCCCAUGGGUGGCAUCAGCCUGGAGACGCCCCCCGGCAUGGGCCUGGUCAGGAGUCCCGGGGGUCCCGUCCUCCUGCAGCCCAUGAUGGCCGGUACCGGACGCAGGGUGGGCAGCGGGCGCCCCAUCAAACCCCCCAAGAAAGACUUGCCCGAUACUGUCCAGUCCCAGAGCUCCAGGAAGGGCAAGCUGAGUCCACAGCUGAGGUACUGCAGCGGCCUGCUGAAGGACAUGCUGUCCAAGAAACACGCCGCCUACGCCUGGCCCUUCUACACGCCUGUAGACGCAGCGGCGCUGGGACUCCACGACUAUCACGACAUCAUCAAGUGUCCGAUGGACCUCAGCACCAUCAAGAGGAAGAUGGACUGUCGGGAGUACCGGGAUGCGCAGCAGUUUGCCAGCGACGUCAGACUGAUGUUCUCCAACUGCUACAAGUACAAUCCACCUGAUCACGACGUGGUUGGGAUGGCACGCAAACUUCAGGAUGUGUUUGAGUUCCGUUUCGCCAAGAUGCCGGAUGAGCCGCAGAUGGAGCACACAGCCAUGUCCAUGAGUGUUCAUCCAACAUCCUCCUCCUCCUCCUCGUCCUCCUCCUCCUCCUCUUCCUCCUCCACAUCGGAGAGCGAGCCCAGCAGCGAGAGCGAGGAUAGCGAGAGCAGCCCGAGCUCAGACAGCGAGGAGGAGCGAGCCCAUCGCCUGGCCGAGCUACAGGACCAGGUGUGUACGCAGCUCCGAGCCGUGCACGAGCAGCUGGCUGCCCUCUCCCAAGGUCCCAUCGUCAAGCCCAAGAAGAAGAAAGAAAAGAAGGAGAAAAAGGAGAAAAAGAAAAAGAAGAAGCUUGAGAAGCGAAGUCGGGGUAACAGGAGCAGAGCCGGCUCGGAGGAAUGGAAGAUGCCGGGCAAGAUGAUGAAGAGCAAGUCCGGCAAAACGGGCGGCUCAGAGGCCAAGAAAGGGCAGGGCAAGAAGAGCAACAAAAACAGCAAAAACGUGAAGAAGCCCUUCUACAACCCGCUGACCCCGUCCAUGCUUCCCCACUACGACUCGGAGGAGGAGGAGGAGAUCGUGCCCAUGACCUACGACGAGAAGCGGCAGCUCAGCCUGGACAUCAACAAGCUGCCGGGCGAGAAGCUGGGCCGCGUGGUCCACAUCAUCCAGUCCAGGGAGCCGUCGCUGCGGGACACCAACCCCGAGGAGAUCGAGAUCGACUUCGAGACGCUGAAGCCGUCCACUCUGAAGGAGCUGGAGCGCUACGUCAUGACCUGCCUGAGAAAGAAGCCACAAGCGAAGAAGGGCAGUAUUGGCAUGUCUAAAGAAGAACUGACCCUGGAGAAGAGGAGGGAGCUGGAGCGGAGGCUGCAGGACGUCAGCGGACAGCUCAAUUCAGUCAAGAAACCAUCAAAACCCAAAGUGGAGAAGCCCAGCGCCGUGGAGACGCACACCCAGCCGUCGCGCCUCAGCGGCAGCAGCUCCAGCUCGGACUCAUCCUCCUCAUCCUCCUCUUCCUCCUCCUCAGACACCAGUGAUUCAGACUCCAGUUGAGCUCUUUAAUAGAAGUCUAAGACGGAAAAACCGGAGUAACUCAGGGACUUGGGCUGGCCCAGGACACAUGACACCCUGAAGCAUUAUCUGGAAAAAAGAAGAAAUAAA